AUGAUAUGGGAAAUUCUGGAGGAAAUUCCCAUGGAAUCUUUAUUUUUGACUUGGGAUUCACUUCAGCUGAAGAUGCGUCUGUUUGUCGUCUGUGCGCUGCUGGUGUUCAGUUUUCCCUUCAUCAUUACUGAAGUUGUAGAUUCAUUCAGUAAAUGCAGUGAGUUUUUUCUAGAAGGAAAGCCUCCGGUGAUUCCUGGCAUUCUGAAGGAUUCGGUUUCACAGGAUAAUAACCGCUACAAACUGAUUUGUCAACGAUACAAGAACGCUUACAGAUUUGCUACCGUCUACGAUACAACAAAUAAGAUCCCUGUUUUCUCGGCAUACAGAUAUACUGGGUUCAAGAAAGGAAGGCCACAUAUUCGAUGGAUGAUCGAGCCACAGCUUGAAACUUCAGGUGUUCAGAUGAGUGUACGACAUGUUAAUCAGGCGUAUACAGAAGACUACCGUAAAUGGUCUAGACUGGAUCGCGGUCACUUAUUUCCCAAUGGCCAUGCAGCGAAUAAAGACAUUGCUGAAUCUACAUUCACCCUGACCAAUGUUGUACCACAGUAUAAAAGCUUUAAUGGUGGUAGCUGGAGCCGCAUGGAGAACGAUGUUAGAGAUAUAAUGGAAUCUGACUGCCCAAAAAAUCGUCCUGCCUAUGUACUGACUGGAGCUGUGGCCAAUCAAGAACAUUACUUGAAUCAAAAAGUUAACGUUCCCACACACAUGUGGAACGCAUUCUGCUGCUAUAAUGACAAGACAAACGCAUGGGUAUCUCGAGCUCACUGGGCUGAAAACAAAGACGAGAGUGAAGAUAAAAAGAAGAAAAUCCCUGAAAAAACACUGAAGGAAUUACUGCAGUUUCUGGAGGAGAAAUACAAGUCAGAAGUCACACUGUUCAACAAAUGUUUGGAUAACUGA